ACAAGUGUGUUGGUUCCACUGAGUCGCAGCCAACGCACACACGUUGUUUUGUUUACUCGAUAUUUUAUUUCGUUUUUCGCCUGGAAUCGGUUGGAAUUGUUUUAAAAUGGAUUCGGAUGAAAAUCGACGCAGUAAUGUGAACUAUUUAAUGAAAGCAGCAAGUCUUUUGCCUUCUCAGAACUACGCACAGAAAUUGCUCAAGUCUUAUUACUUAACAAAGUGUAAAAAAUUAGCACAAUCAGAUCUGGCUCAAACCAAAACACUAUUGAGCGAUGAGGAAAUGUGCCGAAAAUGUUCAACACCAUGGGCCGAUGCGGGUUAUUCCAUAUCCAUUGCACCAAUUAAAGUGACACAACGAAAAGCACGGAAACUUCACAAGCAAAUCGAAGAUAAAUCCAAGCGGAAAAACCAUUUGGCCAAGAAAUUUUCGAAACGUGUGAAUAACAUUGUGACCGUGAAGUGUGAUCUAUGCAAACACAAAAACAAGGUUGUUCUGUACAAAAAAUCGACAGCCGAGGCCAAACCACAGAAAGAACAGAAAACUGAAUCACAGAAACAACAGAAAACUGUCGUUCAAAAAAUAAAGCCCAUCGAAGCAGCGAGACUACCACAUCCAGCUCCAGUUAAGAAAAAGAAGAAGGACAAAAAUGCUGGAUUACUCUAUUCAUUGAAAAAAGACGACACCAACUCUGCAAAGAAAAUAGUCAACCUCUGCCAACAAACACAAACUCUGAAUAUUCAGAAGAAGGCAAUUGGUUCGAAUCAAUUCAAUAAAAAUACGAAUCAAAAUGCGAAUAAAAACAAAAGAAAUACACCAAAGGGACCGAAACAAAAGUCCAAGAAUAUUUCGCAACCGGCUCCAAGACGUGCAAACAUUAUGUUGCUGGCUAAUGCUCUCAAGGCAAAGAGCAAUCAAUCAAAUUCACAAGUUGAUAAAUUAAAGCAAAUGUUAAGAUAGUAAAUAAAUAAAUUCUGGAAAUCAAAUAUU